UUGCAAUGUUUCUAAGUAUUGCUGAUAGUAUAAUAAUAUUAAUAUAUAACGUAAAGAAUAAUUAUUUUAAUAAUAUAUUUCUUCGUUGAAAAUGAAUGAUUUCAAUUAUUAGUAAAGUAACAACAAUUAAAAAAAUUACUUCACUGUUUUGAAAGACGAACGCUUUUUCACUCAAACGGUCGCUUAAAUAAAUUGAAAAGUUGACCAGGACAGCUAAAAUAAAAAAAAAAUGAGUCACGACGUUUUAAAAACCAUUUCCAUUAAAAACGAAGUAGGCCCAAACAUUGAUUUUUUAUUAACGGAUAAAGAUAUAGUGAAAUCGGAGGACAAAAUUUCUAAUAUAAAUGAUAGGGUCCAUUUGAAUGCUGACGGUACAAAAGAAGCAGUUAAGGAUCGUAUUCCAAAAUACAAAUGCGGUAGCUGCUUGAAGUCAUAUAAAGUAUUUGGUAUGCUUAAAAAACAUUUAGCUGUGUGCUAUUUGAAUAGUAGUUAUCACUCUCGAAAAGCAGAAAUGAUAAAAAAUAUACAGAAAAUCGAAGAGGAUGCGGUUAAACUAGAGAAGGAGAAUAUAUGCUUUUGCUGCGGUGAAAGUUAUGAUACAUUUCAUAGAGGUCAUAUAUAUUGCUCUGAUUGCCCAAAUUCAUUUAAAACUCAAAUAAGUUACGAACGACAUGUUUUUAUAACGCAUUCGGAAGUUGAUAAAUUUCCUUGUUCCAAAUGUGAAGCAAAAUUGCGUACAGCUACGCUACUGAAGUUACACAAAAAGCAACACACAACUUCUGAAAGAUUGCAUAAACGUGCACAUACAAGAAAGGAACCUUUUAUUUGCGACUUUUGUGAGAAGAAAUGUUUUUCACCGGGUGAAUUGAAAAUACAUCGUCGUUGUCACACCGGUGAAAAACCCUACGCAUGCACUGAAUGCAACCAAACAUUUUCUACUAAGAGCUCACUUAAUCGACAUUUGAGACGGCAUACAGGUGAAAAGCCCUACACUUGUACUGAAUGUGAAAAAAGUUUUGCUAUUAAGCACGCACUCAAUCGUCAUAUGGAGCGUCAUAUUGGUGAUAAGUCACAGUAUGAACACAUAUUAAAAACUAAUAAGAAACAUAAAAAACAAAUCCAAAUUCAUUCAUCUAAAAGCAAGAGUAAAAAUGAAAAUCAGGAGGACAAACUGAAAUGCAAAGAUUGCAAAGCGAUAUAUACGACAGAGGAAGAACUUAAGAUUCAUUAUGAAACUGGAACUCAUAUACCUGAAUAUAACAAAAGCAGCCCUAAAGAUGUGAAAGAAAGAAAAAAAAACUGCACGCUAUGUAGCAUAGAAUUUAAUUCAGUUAAAGAUUCAAUCUUUCACUUCCUGAAGAUACACAGAGAGCAUCCACAGACUUUCCUCAGUGCUAAAUGUGCCCAAAACUUAGAACCAAAUAAUGUCGCUACGUCAUCAGAAAAGCAUUACAGAAGUGAUAAUUCCAACGAAAACCCUAUUGAAAAUGUUACUCCAACUGAUAACAAUGUCUUGCCAUCACUUAAAUAUGAAGAACUUUCGUCAAUGGUAAAUGGAGUUAUUAAACAAGAAUGUAUAGUAGAUGAAAGAACUGAACCAACCACAGAAAAAUUAUUAUUCAAUAACGAAAAUAAAAGUGAAAGGAUACAGCCAACACAUAUGAGUAAUAAUGAACAAAUAUACAUCAAUGAUGAAGUUAUUAUGCAACAAUUUAUAAAACAAGAAGAUCCCGAUGCACCUGCAGAGAAUUUACUAUUAGAAAGCGAAAUGUAUAGUAUUAUAACAAUAGAAAAUGAGACUAUUAAAAAUGAACCAGAAUCUGCUGUUACUGAAACUCCAGACGGUACAAUUAUAAAUGAUCGAAUACCUCUCGAUUAUGGCGGUGUUUCACAAAAAGUAAUAGAAAAUAGUGAAACUGAAACAGUUACUGAGCAAUUAAUUAUGGAAAACGAAUCAACUGUGUUCAAUGUUCAUAAAAGUAAAAUCACAAAUGAGCCAUAUAUCAAUUGCGACUCUUUUAAAAAGAAAUUGCUGAAAUUGGGUGUACAGAAUGACCUUAAUCGUUCUUACAACAGUGAAAACCCAUACUCCUGUGCUAAAUGUAAUAAAAGUUUCUCUCUCAAAAGGUCACUGAAUUAUCAUAUAAGGUAUCAUUGUGGUAAAAAACUUAAUACGUGCACUGAAUGUAACAAAAUUUUUGCUUCUAAGAAAGGACUCAAUAUUCAUAUGAGACAACAUACUGGCGAAAGACCUUACAAAUGCACUGAGUGUAAUAAAGGUUUUACUGUUAAGAGCUCACUUAUUCUUCAUAUGAACCAGCAUACUGGUGAAAAACCAUGCAUAUGUACUGAAUGUAAUCAACAUUUUUCUACAAUGAGCUCACUCAGAAUUCAUAUGAGGCGACAUACUGGUGAAAAACCCUACAAAUGCACUGAAUGUAAUCGACAUUUUUCUAUAAUGAGCUCACUCAAAAGUCAUAUGAGGCGACAUACAGGUGAAAAGCCUUACACAUGCCCUCAAUGUGAAAAAAGUUUUGCUGUUAAAAAAGAUCUUAAUCGUCAUAUAAAAGGACAUACUGGUGAAAAACCUUACACAUGCACUGAAUGUAAACAAUGUUUUGCUCGUAAGGAAACACUGAAACGACAUAUGAGACGACAUACUGGUGAAAAACCAUACACAUGCACUGAAUGUAGCAAAGGUUUUUCCGCUAAGAAGUCGCUUAAUCUUCACAUGAGGCAACAUACUGGUGAAAAGCCAUACACAUGCACUAAGUGUGAAGAAUGUUUUCUUCGUAAAGAUCGACUCAAUAUUCAUAUGAGGGAACAUACCGGGGAAAAACCCUACACAUGCACUGAAUGUAAACAAAGUUUCACUCGUAAGGAGAGACUUGAAAUCCAUGUGAGGCGACAUACUGGUGAGAAACCGCAUUCAACUGAAUGUGGUAAAAGUUUUGUUAGUAAAGAAGAACUCAAGAUACAUAUGAGGCGACAUACUGGUGAGAAACCUUACUCAUGUACGAAAUGUAAUAAAAAAUUUGUUGCUAAGAUAGGACUUAAUCUUCACAUGAAACGACAUAUUGGUGAAAAGCCACACGUUUGCCUUGAAUGUGGAAAACGUUUUAUGCUCGCCUUUGAGCUACGUUAUCACAGUAAAACUCAUUUACGACUAUUUGCUUGCGAUGAGUGUGACGAAAAAUUCAAAACAAAUAAAAAACUUUUAAAACAUAUCAGAAUUCAUUCAUCUGUAAGAAAGCGGGAAAACAAAGCCCAGAAGCAUAAAUUCAAAUUCAUGGAAUGCAAUGUGGCAGAGGAAGAACUUAAAAAUCAUUACGACAGGGGAGAUCAUAUAAACGAAUAUACCAGCAGCAGCCUCAGCAGCCUGGAUUCAGUUAAAGCUUUGAACUCUCAAAUGCUUGAGGUGAAUAAAAAGCAUACAAAAACUUUGUGGAAUGAUGAUAUUGGGAAAAAAUUAAAACGAAAUGGUUUCGAAUCUUCAUUAAUAAAGAUUAACAAAAUUGAUGAUUCAAAGGAAAUUUCAACUGAAAAUAUUGUUAAUACAGUUAAUAACAAGAGUAAAUUACAAAUAAAUUAUGAUGAAGAGAUAUCGUUGAAAAUUGGAAGAGAUAUCGUUGAAAAAUUAUUGUUAAAAAACAAAUUGAAGCCAAAAAGUACUAAUAAUCAAACAUUAAUCGCGAGUGGCUUUAUUACACAACAAUUUUUUAAGGAAGAAGAAUCUGAAAUAGCUACAAAGAGUUUACCUUUAGAAAACCAACUAUACACUGUUAUAACGCUAGAAAAUGCUACAAUAAAAACGGAACCAGAAAGUACCACAGAAAACUUCGUUUGAUGAGCUUAAACAAGUUGAGUGUAAAGAUUCCACAACGUGAUCAGCGAAAUGCACUGAGACAACAUAAAGUGUGUUAGGUAGCACAGUAUUCUAGACUGGAAAAAAUUGAAUUGAACUGACUUUCAAAGUGAAGAACGUGAAAUUGAUAUUUACAAAUAAUUAAUUAAAUUUGAAUUAUUUACAAGUUAUUGAAAGUUCUAUUUAACUGUGUAAGCGUACUCGCACAUUCACCUACAGCAGAUAAAAAAUCAAGAGUGAAUGGCGUGUAUCUUCCCAUAAGGCACUAUAUUACGAAUAAAAGUUUUCUUUCAACAAAACAUACAACUUAGAAAAUAACAACGUGUCGAGGGAGGGAAAAACGUAACCUAGAACAGGGAAAAUUUGUUAACAACAAGGCGGAGCCACACAACGUACAAAAUUAUAUCACUGCCCAAUAAUUAUCCAAUAAUAAUAAAAUAAAAACAAAAGA